CUGUGAAGAACUGAAGAUCCGGAAGCAAAGACUUUGCAAAACGAACCUGGGAAUAACAUGCAAGAGGCUGCACAGCAGCUAGUGAGCCAGAAGCAGAAAGUCAUUGUAACCAACAGCUAUGGUGAAAAGCUUGUCGGCUUAUUACAUGAAACUGGUUCAAGGGCGAUAGUGAUCUUGUGCCAUGGAGCUCGAGCCUCCAAGGACCACUUUAUUAUUGAGAACCUUGCUAUUGCAUUGGAAAAUGAAGGAAUUAGUUCCUUCCGUUUUGAUUUUGCUGGAAAUGGAGAGAGUGAAGGCACGUUUCAGUUUGGUCACAUGAGGAGAGAAGCUGAUGACUUACAUGCUGUGAUCCAACACUUCUCUGGAACAAACCAUGUAGUCGGUGCAAUUUUUGGGCAUAGUAAAGGUGGUGGUGAUGUGCUUCUGUAUGCUUCUAAGCAUCACGACAUUCCUAUAGUUGUUGAAGCUUCUGCACGCUAUGACCUAAAGAAAGGCAUUGAAGGACGCCUGGGGAAAGACUUUAUGGAGAAGAUAAAAAGGGAAGGAUUCAUUGAUAUUGGAAGUGAUAAAUUGUGGGUGACUGAGGAAAGCUUGAUGGAUCGCCUAAGCACUGAUAUGCAUGAAUCGUGCCUCAAGAUUGACAAAGAUUGCCGGGUGCUAAUAGUCCAUGGAUCUGCUGAUGAGUCCACUCCAUUUGCAGAUGCAUUUGAGUUUGCCAAGAUCAUACCUAACCACAGAAUACAUAUUGUAGAAGGUGCUGAUCAUUGUUACACAUCACAUCAAGCUGAGUUAGACACGGUUGUUGUGGAUUUCAUCAAGUCAGCUCUGCAGCAGGACAAGCCUACUUUCAACUAGCUCGGUACUCUAUGCCUAUCAAUCAUCACUCAAAUUCAUCUCGUGCAUGUCUCCUGUGUCCUAAGCUUGUUGCUUAAU